AUGGAACAUUUGCCCUCUGUCACCAUAUCGCAUACACCAGUAUCAACUAUACCGGCCUAUGUAUUAGAUGACUUGUGUAGUCGGUUUAUUAUUAAUGUACCAGAACAAGAAAGAGAAGAUUCAAUCCGUGUGUUUUUUCAAAUAGAAUUAGCACAUUGGUUUUAUUUAGAUUUUUACUGUGCUGAACAACCAGAGCUGAAAACUUUAAUCUUUAGACAUUGUCCAGUUUUAAAUGGCACCCCAGACGAGGUGGAGAGAAAACUGGUGGAAUGGAAGGCGUAUAAAAUGAGUGUACCUACGUACGGGGCCAUUAUACUUGAUCCAGAAAUUAAGUUUUGUUUGCUGGUACAAGGAUGGUGGGUAAAAUCCAGUUGGGGAUUUCCCAAGGGUAAAGUAAAUGCUGCUGAGGCACCCCAUGAUUGUGCUAGUAGAGAGGUGAUGGAGGAAACUGGGUUAGAUAUCAGUCAGUUGAUAGAUAAGAAUGUAUUUUUAGAAUCUCAGAUGAAUGGCCAGUUGAUAAGAUUAUAUAUAGUACCAGGUGUUUCAUUAGAUACACAUUUUCAACCUAAAACUAGGAAAGAGAUUAAGAGCAUGCAGUGGUUUCCAGUUGAUGUCUUGCCUUCACACAAGAGAGAUCAGAACUGUCGAACACAGUUAGGAAUGAAUCCUAAUAAUUUCUUUAUGGUUAUUCCAUUUGUCAGGUAUGAGUUCAGAUGUUUUUAUUUAAAUUUUAUAUCCCUGUGGACCCUCUAG